GUUUUCGAAACAGUCAAACAACGUAAGUCUAUGCAAAUGCAAACAAGAGGUUGUCAUGCUUAAACAGUCUAACUUUUAGAUUCAUCGAUGGGCCAUGUUACUUAGAACACUUUGUUUCUUUAUGAAACAUGUCCAGGAGUGUACACGGAAGAGGCUUACCUUGCGAAUGUGGCGGCAGAAAGGUAAGUUUGUUGAAACGCAGCUUCAGGGGGCUUGUGUACUUCACAGAUCGUUUCACAAGGCAUUUAUCGAGGCAUCAUAAUGCGUCCACCGUCGUGAUAUUUCACAUUUAAUAUAGUGCAGUUUUAUGAAGAUUGAUUUUAAUGUUCGGGAUAACGUGAAAAAUUCCGAUUAAUGACAAGAUUUUGCAAUUUUAAACGUUUGCAAACCAUUUUCAUAAGAUCGAGAGCAUAAAGGAAGAAUGGACAACCAGUUCACGAAGCAGAUCGUUACAAUUGGUCUUAAAUCCCCCGGCCGGCUAAGCUCUAUUAGCUUCCAGUUAUGACUUGCUCAAUAAAAUAUUAACUCAAGCUUUCUGUCACCAUUAGCUUAUAUGCUCGCUAUAUUUAGUACAAGUCAUGACAAGAGUUGAGAAGAAUAUGGAACGAAAGAAUAUUCUUUGCGAUCCUAGUGAGAAGACAUAUCUUUAUAUUUCCGCCUUGAUGAAACCAGACCGGUUUAAGCUAUGAAUGCCUGUGACCUAGCUGCCAAUUCAAGUACAUGCAAGUACGUCGUGGACCCCAAACUUUUUGUUUGUGUGUAUUGAAGAUGUCUGCAAGUUUAUGCUUUUCUUAGCUUUUCCCUUUGCUGUUAAACUCGUAUAUAAACGUAAAGUAUCGUGUGCGUCAAAAGCUGACACGGUUGAUAACCCAGGCGCAGUCAUAUGCAUUGCGCGUUUUAUAUGACACGUACAAUUUGCGGCUCUUCUGCUUUUUGGGAACAACAUAUCAGACAAGCAGCGCGUUUGUCAGAAAAUUGUCACAAGUGAACGAAAAGCCAAUGAUCAUAAUUAUAAUCAGUGUAUGCAGUCAAAUGAUAACUUACAAGGCAGUGAAAGCUAAUUCAUGGCUUCGGUAUUGAUUACGUACUUAAACAUUGAAAAUAGGCUAGACAGGCAAUAUGAUUAUGAUGACGGUCAGAGUGCGCUCACUUAUAUUCUUGUAUUCUCGCUGAUAUGAGUCCAUCUGCGUUGUCGUCAGUUUUAACAUAUGUUUUGUUCGUCAGAGCUGUGUUGCUCAGGUUGAUUGUUUUUUGUUUUUUCACUAUCCUUGUCUUUGGCAUUCGAUAGACCGAUAAUUUGUUCAUUCAGUUUGCUGAAACCGAUUCUCUCUUGAUAUAAUAUAAUGCUGGCUUCUAAAAGCGACCUGGCAGUAAAUGAUUUCCGAACUUUCUAUGUAUUUGAUCCCAAAUGCACAAGGAAAGCCGUGUCUCCUGUAAUUAUAAUAACUACUUAAAGUCCAGUUAAGCGGAACUCAGUUAAGCGGACCUCGAUAGCUCUUGUCCUGCUCAUGCGCUCGCUUAAUCAUAGCCAGCUCAAAGCGUUCCCGUUCGUUCUAAAACUCAAGCUGGUGUAUAGACUAAAUAACAUCGAUGAAUGAUGUAUUGGGUAUUGUAUGUAAGUUUUCAAUAAUAAUGGUACUCCUAUUAAUAGACUCGCAUAUUUCUAAUUUGUAUACGAUUAAACGUAUUCGCAAUCUCCCUUUACGCGUGACUUCGUCUUUAUAGUUUCAUGGUCUUGUAAUCAUAAAAAUAAAGUAACAAACAAUUAAAGCAAAAACAGGACGGAGCUAGUUAAUCACGAGUUUAUUGUGGCAUGACUCACGUUUUAUCUUUCUUCCCAACUUAGGUUAAGAAUGAAUUUCCAAGAUGUGAAUGUUUUCUUUCGCAUCAAAUUUGCUAAAUGGCGACUGCAGCGCCUUCACCCCUGGCCAGCUCUCCAGCGAAGACAAAUGGAAACAAGCUGAGCAGGCUUCUCAUCGAUGGCGGAACAACAGCACUGAAGAAUGUUUUUGAUCGCUAUCACCCUCCUGUCAGCUUGGCUUCAGGUCUCAAUACCAAUUACUCCAUUCUUAACAACCUUUUGCGUAGAAGAGUUCUAAAUGGCCAUCAGUGGGACAAACUGUUUCCCCCUGGUGGAGGGGUGCCAGACUCUAACACGUUUGACAUCACUCUUCUUUUUCUACUGCUAACCAACAUUUGUGGCUUAUCCCCUCCCCUGACUGGAUGGCACUCCAAGCCAUCCCCUGGUGAUAACUCUCUUGAGGCUAACCUUGCUCGCGUUAAGUUCUUCCGGAAUGAGUUGUAUGGUCACGUGACGUCCACAGGGGUUGAUGCGACAUCUUUCUCCUCCUUCUGGCAUGAAAUAAGCAUUACUCUUCAUUCGCUGGGUUUAGAUCAAGCUGAUAUUGACAGACUGAAGGCAGAGCAUGGAGCAGAGGAAGAUUACCUUGAUGCCUUAAUUGAGUGGGCUGACAGUGAAGAGGACAUAAAAACGCAGCUGAAAGACAUCCACCAGACGCAACUAAAACUCAGUAAAACAGUUGAAGAUGUCAAUUUAAACAUGGAAGAGCUACGUCAAGCCCUAAGCAAAACUCAGGAUGUUGUAGAUGAAGCAGUGGAGAUAGAACUCAAAGGACAUCAAGAAUUGAGGGCAGCACACCAGGAAAGCAUGUCACGUUUAGAGGGAGUGUGUGAGUCCCAAACUAAAACCAGCCAAGCUGUGGACGAAAUUCGUGAAUCAAUCCAAGAAGUAAAACAGGAAGUAAAAGGCUGGACGAAAAAGAAAAGCGAGCACGCAGAUGAGGUGCUUAGGACCCUUGUGAAGUUUGAAUUCAAAGGAGACAUAGAAUUUCAUGCAAACAAAUUCCAGGAAGGAACUCGUGAGUGGAUCUUCAAGAGGAUCGAAGACUGGUUAGACGACCGGAGCUUGCCACACCGGGCGAUGGUAAUCAGUGGAAAUCCAGGGAUGGGAAAGACUGUUAUCUCCGCUGUUGUUUCGCAAAGAAUUCAAAAAGCUGGAAGACUCUCGGGAAGCCACUUUUGUCAGCAUGACGAUUCACGCUACCGAGAUCCACGUUUAAUGCUCCAGUCUUUGGCCUGUCACUUGUGUCAAGCGAUGCCAAAUUACAAAGAUGCUCUAGUGGAACAGCUGUCAAGAAAUCUGGGUAAAGACCUCAACAACAUGGGUAUAAAAGAGCUGUUUGCGUUGCUGUUUAAAGAGCCUCUAAGCACAGUGCAAGAUCCUGGAAGAAACAUUCUAAUAGUCAUAGAUGGCCUCGAUGAAAGCGAGUACAAAGGACGCAAUGAGCUUCUACAUGUAAUCAGUAACCAUUUCUCUAUGCUUCCAGUCUGGAUCAGAAUUUUGAUCACAACUCGUCCAGAGAAGAACGUUACAGAGGCAUUGCGACAUUUGAAACCAAUAGAGCUUGAACAAAAAGAAGAAGAAAACUUAAAGGACAUUCAAACCUUGUUUGAAACACAACUCAGCCUCAAAAUUGGUGAGGAGCACAAACAUGUUCUCUUGAAAGAGCUGGUCAAGAAAUCAGAAGGCCUGUUUAUUUACGCUUACUUUAUAGUGGAUUUUAUCCAAAAGAAUGUUUCAAUUCUCACUCCUGAUCAGCUGGAAAGUGUGUUACCUUCAGAUAUUUCAUCCGUUUACUUGUCCUAUUUUACACGGUUAGAGGAUGAACUUUGCAAAGAGCUUAAUGCAGAUGAGGAACAUUUUUUGCGUUUCCUGUGUGCAUUGACCGCUGCAAGGGAACCAUUACCAGUAGAAUUCAUUGCCAAAAUUCUAAACCCGGGAGGAAAAUCUUUGACUGCGCAACGAAAAAUUAACAAAGCGAUAUCUUGCAUCUCUACACUGUUACCAGUUCGGGAGGGUCGUCUUCACUUCUUUCACAAGUCAAUCAAGGACUGGCUAGUAGCAUCAUCGCCCUAUGAACCACAUGAUUUCACCGUGGACGAGAAAGAAGGUGAUACUGUCCUUUCUGAUCUGUGUGCUUCUGAACUCGAUAGCUUGCAGCGAAAAGGGGUUCAUGGCAAACAGUUUUCGAAUACUGAAACAUAUGCUUUGCAUCAUGGUACUCAGCACAUGCUUGAGGUCACCGAUCAUGACUGCGCUGACAAAUCAAGAACCAAUAGUGUCACAGUAGAACAGGUGUACCGAUACGCAACAGAAGUCGAACUUAUUUAUGCAAAACUUUGUGUUAAGAGCACAUCAGCUAUAGAAGAUCUUCUCAGCCUCCACCGUGAGAAUUCCGGAAUAGUAAGCGAGGAAAGAGAUUUUGUUGUGACUUCUCUCCUAAGUCUUCUGAGAAAACACUCUUACAUCUUGUUUGAUUACCCUCACCUAUUUUUCCAGUGUUUGAUUAACGAAGGUACCCCUGGAUUAUCGUCUACAGCAGCAGGUAUUGUUAAGUCAUCAACUCCAAAGGUGCCAUACAUGAAGUAUUUAGACAAUGAGAAACAAAAGGGAGCCGUUCAGGGACGAUUUUACUGUUCAGAUAAAAUCGCAUGUUUUGAUAUUUCACCUAAAUUGGAUUACAUGGUAUGCGAGUGUCGAGAUGAAACAAUCCAUCUUUUUUCCCUGCUGACUGGUACCAAAGUAUGGGUUCGUCCAUCGCUAACAAACAGAACGUAUAGUUCCAAAGAGGCAUAUGCGGGUAGUGGUGCAUAUCGACAAACUGGGCAUUUUCUGUCAUUUUAUCACUCUGUCACAUUUCAUCCAAAUGGGAAGUCGAUAAUACCAGGAACUCUUAAAUAUGUUUACACCAUUAGUGGAGAUAGGGAAGAACUUUUUCCGGACAGUGACUGCACAUUUUCAUAUUGCUUCUUACGAUCUUAUAAAGACAAGGAAGUGAUAUUUACAGAUUGCCCAGAUGAUCCAAAGAAGAUAAUCAUUUGGGAUAUGGAGAAUGGCCAGAAGCUCAAAGUUAUUAUCGAUUCGGAUAAGGAAAUUUCAUCCUUUACUAUUUCUGGCGAUGGGUCACGUAUCGCUAUUUCUGAAGCGAAUCGUAAGAUUACUAUUUUUUACCUAAUAGACGAGUUUGGUUUGAGAUUCCCCGACGCUGGUAAAGAUGACUGGGUGUGUGGGUUGAUGCAUUUCACAUCCGAUAAUGAUACUCUGGUUUGUGGAUGUCUAUUAGCCUCUUGCGAGGACUACAGAUGCCCGUUUGAUGCGUUAGAACCUGACGAAAGAAAACCAACAGUUUCCUUCAAAACUCCUCUGAAUAACGUUUCCCUGCCAGAUCCGCAUUUUGAACCUGUUGAUCCCAGAACCUUCGUGUUAUGGCCCUCUGCUCCACCAAGCUCUUUGACUGAAUGUACUUUUAUGGAGCAGGAUGAAGGACCUUCCUGGGUGUCGAAGGUGCAGAGAGAGAUUCCGUAUUUGUUCUCAGGUUCCUACAUCAGCCUUAACGAUGAAACAAUUUUGGUUGGUAGUCCAGAUCACAAAUAUGUCACGAUGUUAAAUGUUGGUCUACUGCAAAGCGAGUCCGACUCGACUUACUCCUCGAACGUUAACGUGGGUGUCAGGAAGAUUAUUUUUUCUAUGGAAGGCGAUACAGUAUACGUCGUAAGUUCAGACCAGUUUGUCUUCCUUAGCUCACAAGAGGUAAAGAUAACCAUCUGGAAACUGUCAAGUCGAGAAUUUUUGAAGACAAAGACAUUCUUUGGCCCUGUGUCGAUUGUUCCAACGAAGGAAGGUCUCGUACUCUUUAAAAAUGAUCGUGUAGUAGAGUUGUGGAAUUUCGACCUGUCGGAGUGCAUUAGAAGUAUUGUUAAACUUACCAGUGAUACUAGUAUUGUGUAUUCAGUAACCUUGAUACCAGUAUCAGAUGAACUGAUAGCCUUUUAUUAUUCGCCACAAUCACGGGAAUCAAUUUAUAUCAGAAGUCUAGAAGAAUCUGAAGAAAACGAAAACUUACACGACGACCUGUUAGAGUGUACACCUCUCGAGGAUUGUACAGAUUAUUGUCUUGACGUUAUGAGCACAACCGGCGUUCAGGGGGGAAAGCUUGUGUCCUCACUAAGGUUGACAUGUUACGACGAAUGGGGAUACUUAUAUAGCAUUUCAUGCAAUAGUCCGAGCAAUGUUUUGGUUUGCCGUUUUGCAGGGCAAUCCUGGGGACCUAUAGACGAGGGGGUGGUCACAGUUAGUUUAUUAAACAAAGGAUCAAUUAAAUGGGAACGAAUCGCGGAUAAUUCAUAUCUUCGCGACGAACACAUGAUUUUCUCGCCUAAGAAUGAGUUUGUUGUUACGUGGAACACUCUCGACGAAGGUCAAGGUCUACAUGUUCUUGACGCAGAUACUGGAGAAACACUGCACGUCCUUCUUAGAGACCAGAACGACAUUAUUGAAUGUAAGUUUUUAAAUGAUGAAACUCUCGUAUGCUGCAGUGGGGACAACUUCCUUCGAUUGUGUAAUGUCAGAACCGGACAUCUGCUAAGUGUUCUAGACAUUGGAGAGCAACCGCUCUGUUUGGGAGCCUGUCUGAAUCAGCCUCUUGUCGCCAUUGGUUUGUCCGGCACAAGAAUAAAAUUCUUCCACGUACAGUUGCCAACAGAAUCUAAAAAGAAGUAUUAAAGGUGGGCUUUUCUCUACUCGGUCAAAAAUAGGCGGCACAAGGUCAGUUUCGCGAGCUACUGUAGCCUAACAUACCCUAACAUUACCUACACUCAAUGAGCAGUGUCUAUUUUUUCAGUCCGUGGAGCGGAAGGCGCAAAAUACGCAAAUAACGGCGUGUGCGGUUCAGGGUGCGGGCUUCCUCGUGCGCGAGUACUUCCUUCAAUUAAAAGUUGAAAGGGACUGUAAGAUCCAACGACGCGACAGCAACGAAAACGUCGCUUAAAAAGUGCAUUUGUGUUCUUCAUUCUUUAUCGGGAUUAUUCCUACUUACUUACUUGGUCAAAUGUACGCGAACACUCCUGAAUAUGAAUUCCAAGGGACCAUACUCAAGUUCAGAAAGCGAAAUAAAAUUUCUUCGUUGCUUGUUUACGUUCUCCAUAAAACACGAAAUUAGGCAUUUCAAGUCUUACUUGUGCAAAAACGGCAAAGAAAUGUACAAAAAAGCGCGAUGCCUGUGCAAAGUUGUUGUUUUGUUUAUUAAACCCUUUUUUUUAGGACGUUUUCGUUGCCGUCGAGUCCGUUUGAAUCUUAAAGUCCCUAAUUUGACGAAAAUAGGGGACUACUUGCAGCCUAAGCCAGGAGGCAUAAUUGAUUUUGGCUCCUGGCCUAAACAGUCCCCACACCACAACACAAUUAGUAGAUAUACGUCUAGAGUGAAUCUUAUUCUUACAAAUUUGCGCACGAAAAUUCAUAAAUGGUAUUCCGCGAGUUUGGGGGAACAAAUACCGAUGUUACAAAGGGUAUAAUAACAUUCUUUGAUCUGCUGAUGAAAAGGAACAGCGCCAAAAUUAAAGAGAGAGCCGGCCAUAAAGUUAAGUGAAUGUACCAAAGACGGUUUUGAAAGAUUUUUACAGUAGGACACAGAUGAUAGUGAAGCAGGGAGAUCGUCGCCAUCACGUCCACGACUUACAGCAACUUCAAGAAUUCUUUUGUUUUGUAACGUGACAUAUUAUUAAAUUUCGCAACUUUUAUUUUUCUUGCAUUCCAGCUUUCACAAGUUGUAGAUUUUGGGAUUGUUUUGAAUUUGCGAAAAACGCGAAUUUUAGACUUGAUAGCUUCCAGCUUUCUUAAAUAACACAAGCUACUUUCUGUUUUCAGUUGCAGUUUCAACACAAGUAAAUUGAGCAACUUCUGGUGGCCUAGCCGGGCAAAAAGAGCUGGAUUCUUCAAAUCAAUGACCCGUAUCUUUAUUUAGUGUUGUGUUUGACGAUGGAUAAAGAGCAUGAAGAAAAAUGACUGCAAAAGCUGGAAUUCAAAUCCAGUUGAAGAGUCCCGGAUGCAAGCUGGUGUAUUCAGGAAUUGAAAGAGACAUGUACAUGUAUAUUAUGAACUUUGAAAUUUGUAUAGGUAAUAGUAUGA